AUGGUCUACCUUGCUGUCCUCACGAGCGCGCCGCUUCUGCCGCUCGUCACCGCCUACCAAGAGGGCGUUAGCCAAGACGUUUGCAUCCUUACGCGCCUCGGCCACGACUUCUCGGACGGCGGCGACCUCGGACCCGUGCGCGCCGUCAUGGCACCGUGGCUCGAUCGCGUCGGCUUCCGCUUCAUCCAUGAGCUAUGUCCGCUGCUACUCCUUAGCUACGCGCUCGAGUAUGGCCGCGUCGAUCUUGUGCGCGAGCUCAUGGCGAUGCAGAAGCUCUGCUUCUCUCAUCACGAUUGGACGCUCCUCUACGGAGCGUGGUCCCGCUGCGUCUGCAAGCACCGUCAUUUGCAAUGGCAGUACACCGCCGACAUCGACGGGAAGGUCCACGACGGCAACGGCGCUUUUCCCCACCGUAUGCGUGCCAACGGGACGAGCAUUUUAGGCUCCGUGCACCACCUUGCCGUCGCGGCCUGUCUCGGCGACCACGUCGACUUGUUCCGUUUUGCCAUGGACAAAGAUGCCAGUAUGUACCUGCCGAAUUUAGCAGAUAUUGCGCUGCGCGGCAGUAAGCUCUGCAUCGCAUCAUCUCCUCCUUCAAGGCCCACCACGUGCGGCUUGCAGUGA